UUCAUAAGGAACACUACUCCGAAUAUUUUGACUUCCAGUUUAUUUCACACCAAAUUUCAGACGAAGUUGAAUUUGAAUUAUGUUUCUGGUCUUCAUCGUCAUCGUCAUCGCUUUCGUAGUCAUCCUCUACCACAUAGUUCUCACCGUUCUCAUACUAAAUUCGCUCCACGACAUGAACUUCAUCCGCAUCAGACCAUUGGACCCUCCUCCUUUUCGGGUUUAUGGCGUUAGUUUUUCUCUUCCGCUUGCGUGUGCGAGAUUUCUGGCCUUCAUCGUCAUCGCUUUCGGAGUCAUUCUCUACCUCAUCGCUAUCAUCGUCAUCAUCGUUUUCAUCGUCUUCAUACCUAAUCCGGUCCACGAGGAUAACUUCAUCCGCAUCAGAAAACUCGAUCCUCCUCCUAUUCGGGCGAGCAAUGCCAGAAAAAUUGGCCUUGAGGGAACUGAUGCUGGCGUUCGAGACUCGGAGAGCCUUCGAUUUGAAUAUAAAAAGGUAUCGAUCACCAGCGAGCCAACGAUUCGGCCAUAGGGCGCGCAGAGCAAAGACAGCUCCUGGCGGGUGCAAGGCGGUAGGUUUCUCACUAGGAUCCUGCUCUUCAGAUGAGUCGGUCCACAGGUAAGUUCAAUUCCCGCGAUAUCAAUUCCAGACAUUUUAUCUUUUUAUUUUAUUUUUACUUAGUUGAAUAAUUUUCAAAAAUUUCCCAAUUUCUUUCUCUAGCUUUUCCGGAUGUAAAAUU